AUGCAAGAGGACAUCCAACGCAUGGAACUCGAAGCUCGUGAAGUCGAUCCUCGAAAGAACAACAACGCCAUCGGUAGUGGAAAGAACAACGACCAACAGCAAGACACAAAGACGUUCAAGCCUUUCCAACGAAGCACCGGCGCCCCGUCGACAGCCAUGGACGCGCCCUCGUUCUCCCCUUUCCCCAAGGUCAAGGGCGAGAACAUCCCUCCGAGCGACGAGGAGAAGGAAGAGAUCCUCUACCAGGCCCGCACCCUGGUCCUCCACUCCAACAAUGUCUCGAUGCAGGUGACAUGGGCGCGCGACUCGCUGAUUUGGGUCGACAUAGCCCAAGAGGCCGCCGCCAAAGAGUGGAAGCGCGAUGGAAAGGGAAGGGAACGACCGUCGACCCCCACGACAGAGCACGAAUUGCGCGUCGACGCUCUCAACAUCAUCGAGUACCUCGCAAGUCAAGAUCAUCCCGAGGCGACCUUUAUGAAGGGAAAAUGGCUAGAGUUUGGCAAAUUUGGUUAUCGCGAGAACAAACGGGAGGCCUACGCCCACUACAAGAGGGCGGCAGAGAACGGAUACGGUAGGGCCGAAUACCGCAUGGGCAUGCUCUACGAAAACUCCAACGACAUCCCCAACGCCAUCAAGCAUUACGAGGCCGGCGUGAGGAUGAAGGAUACCGCCUCCAACUACCGAUUAGGCAUGAUACACCUCAUGGGCCAGCAUGGCUUCCACAAGGAUAUUCUGCAGGGCCUCGACAUGAUUCAGCUUGCAGCCGACACGGCCGAUGAGGACUCCCCGCAGGGCGCUUAUGUGUACGGCUUGCUUCUUUCACGGGAGCUUCCCGACAUCACCGUCCCCGAAGACAUCCUGCCGUUCGAUUUGGUCGUCGCUCGUCAGUAUAUCGAGAAGGCGGCAUAUCUAGGCUUUCCCAAGGCGCAGCUAAAGAUGGGCCAAGCGUAUGAGCUCAGUCAGCUCGGAUGCGACUUCAAUCCAACCUACUCCCUUCAUUACUACGGCCUUGCUGCCCGCCAGGGACAAAGCGAAGCCGCAUUGGGUGUCAGCAGGUGGUUUUUGUUCGGCUUCGAGGGUGCCUUUUCCAAAAAUGAGGCACUCGCGUACAAGUACGCUCUGGAUGCAGCCAACGCCGGCCUAGCGACAGGCGAGUUCGCUAUGGGAUACUAUCAUGAAAUAGGUAUUCAUGUUCAAAAGAAUGUCGUCGAGGCACGAAAGUGGUACGAAAAGGCGGCUGAGCACGGAAACAAGGAUGCCAUGAGCAGACUGGAUUCAUUGAGCCAGUCCAAGACGCUGACGAAGCAGGACCACGAAACAACCACACUUACGCGUAUCAAGUCCCAGCACGGCUCGCAGCGUGGCAAGCGCCCUGAUCGGUUUACCAGGCCUGCGGACGUGUUGCCUACUUUGAGUGAGGGUGAUCCCGGCGGUAACGCGCCUGCAGUUCCUGUCAAAGCGUCUCAGGGACCGCCAAUCGUUCACGAUGCGGUUGACUUUCCGGAUCCUGCGCGAAACUCCAAUAGGCCGCCCGCCUUUACGGUCAAUUUUGAUUCGAACCCGAACCUGAACCUGACUUUGCGGUCCAAGUCUACGGCACCGUAUCCCGAAGACACUAGGCCUCCACCGCUCAGAGCGCGUACUAACACGGCCCCGUAUCCGGAAGACGAUAUGCACCAUCCUGCUCCUCCACCACACAUGCAGCAGAACUAUCUGUCAGCGAAACCCCUAGCACCUCAUUUCAACCCUGGCAUCCGCCCGUCGUCAAGCUCCGGCGGUCCACAUGCCGACCGGCCGAUGAGCGCUUUCGGGAUCCGGUCCAACUCUCCCAACGGUCCUUCUGUACCACAAGGCGCCGGCCCACAAGGUCCCGGCCCUCGAGGCCGAGUCCCUCCAGGGGCAGUUGGAGCUUGGGAACCACAGGUUUCAUCCGGGUACAGACAGCCCAGCCCGGGUUCUGGACCUGGCUCCGGCCCUCAACCUGGCUACAGACAAAAUAGCUAUCACCCUCCACUUGAUGUUGGUCCUGGACCCUCGCCACAGCGGAUGAGUGGAGGUGCUGGACCUGGCAUUCCGCCCUCCCCUGUACCUAUUGGCGACCCCAUGAGACAGAGACUGCAGAAGCCCAACCCCAAUGCUGGCAAUUAUCCUUCGGCUCAGCAGGCUGGAGGUGCCAUGCAUAGUCCUCAACAAAGUCCAGGCCUUCCGCCCGUAAUGAGCGGUGGCGCACAGCCAGGCUAUGGUCCCAGGACAAGUAGCAGACCAAACAACGAUGCUCAUGGUUAUGGACAGGCUGCUCCUCCUAUGCCUGGGCGCUUCCCAACCGGCACUCCGGUCGGCACUCCGACGGGCGGAAACGGUGGUCCUAUGCCAAGGCCGGAGAGAUUGGAGAGUCUGGCUGCCGGAGGCAGACCCGGCUCAAGUGGAGGUCAAGGUACACCUGGACCUGGAAUCGGAAGGAUAGCAAGCGCACCGCCAGUACAGCAACCCCAGCCGCCUCAACCGCAUAGUAGGCCGACCCAUAGCCCCGGGCCUUCAGCGAGCCCGGCGCCGAGUGCAGCCAGUACGACAAGACUGCCUGGGCACGGGGCAGCUGGUGGAAAAUCCAACACUGAGCAUCCCGAUGGCAAGACUAUUGGAAAUGGACCUGCUACCUUUGAGGAGAUGGGCAUUCCGCAAGGAAAGAAUGAUAGCGACUGCGUUGUGAUGUAA